UGUACACUUUGUGGCGGUGCUGGAACUUGAAGGCACAUGUUGAAAACGGGAGCGUCUGCUGCCAUGGACGCAUCUCUUCUCAAUGACGGUGACGACAAGUUUCAAGAAGAAGUCGCCCGUUAUGUGAACGUGAUCAAAGAAGAUAAGGAUCAGUUGCUGCAGAUGCUUGAAAGUAUGGGGCACAUUUUGACGCACAAAGACUACCAGCGAAGGGCUACUGGUGUAAGAGUAAUCACCAACGUCAUCCAACUUCUUCCUCAAAGAUAUCUUGGAAAGGAGCAAACUACCACUCUACUUGAUUACUAUCUGAGCAAGCUGGAGGACCACCCAAUAAUGGUACCGUUCGCCAUACGUGGCUUGUACGAGCUAGUGGUUAACCAAGAUAAGGUGGAUGAUGCCGAAAUUGAGAAGUUACUUCAGGCCAUCCUCUAUGAUGUGCAAAUGCCUGGGCUUCUCCAGGCUGAACGCUACCUCGUCUACAGGAUGCUAGCUUAUAUGCUCCUUAAUUAUACAUCAGCUCUGCAUAACAUGGGUAGCAAGUUUGUGCAUGGUUGCAUUCAAGCAAUUGAAGGCGAACGGGAUCCACGGUGUCUCUUGCAAGUUUUUGCCAUAAUCCCUAUGAUUUGCAACAACUUCAUUUUAGGAGAACUAGAAGAAUCACUGUUUGAAGUGUGUGCGUGCUAUUUUCCUAUUGACUUCAAUCCCCCUGCCAGUGAUGCAGGCAAAAUUAGCCGAGAGGAUCUGGCUGAAGCCUUGCUAAUGUGUAUGACUGCUUCGGCUGGUUUUGGAAAGUACUGCGUACCACUGGCUGUAGAAAAACUAGAUUCUGAUCUUACUGUUGCAAAGUUGGACUCACUGAAACUCUUGAUUCAAGGAGCCAAAGUGUUUCCCCCUGCCUGUUUCACUGAAAAGACAGUACUUAUCUGGAAACAAAUACACAACCUGGUAUUUGUGAAUAGGCAUGAGGCCAUCAUUCCCACUGCCCUCAAUUGUCUUGCAAGUGUUUCAAGAGUCAUCUCUCAUCACAAAAAUGGAUUGACAGCACUCUUCAAAGUUGUUUGGAAAGACUUGCAACGAGGUGAAGCCCCAGGAAUGGGUAGAGUGUUUGAAACAUUUGCAAGCGCUUCUUCAGAAGCCUGUUCAGUUGCCCUUGUAGAAGCACUGCCCAGUAUUCUUCAGCUGCUGUCAAAGAAUGAAGGUCUGAGGCCAAUCCUGGUCCUUGAAAGUACCACCGCUGUGUUGUCAUUAUAUGCGGCACUCUGCAAUCACCAAGAGGCGACACCAGAGCUGUACCAGUUGCUUGGCCUGCUGGCUGACCUGCUGUGCACUCUACUGGCUGGCAGUGAUGAGCUAGCUUUACGAGCUGUUAAAGCUCUUCACACUGUGCUUCCAAUUAAGGGCUUCUUGACAGAAUCGCAGCUGCAGAUAGUAAAGGGGCUACUACUGCAUGUGGCAACAUGUGAGGACGCUCCUGCACCACGGGACGAGCAUGUCUUACUACUGGCUACAGCUGCAAGAACAGCUAGCUUAUCUGAAGAGAUAUGGUUCACACUAAAGCAGGAAAUUGAAAAAGGUUACCACCCUGGCAAGACUGAACGAAUCAUGAAAAUAGCCACUGCGUGUGGUGGUAGCACAUUAUCUCUGUCCAUAUUGCUGCCAUUGGUUGAAGAACACUUUGUGUGCGCUAUUACAGAGUUUCAAAUAUGGUACCGGAACCAGCUGGCAAAUUGCCUAACAGGAAUUGCUUGCCAAGCACAAAAGUAUAAAGUGAGUUUUCAUCACUCAUCACUGCUUAAGAAGAUUGUGGUUGCCUGGAUGGAUACAGUGAAGCAUGGAAAUGAAAAUGAGAGUUCUGAAACCUUUGCUGAGGUUGCACAUCUGUUGCAUAAACUUUCCGAAAUGUGCAGCAACAGAGAUAUGAAAGAUAUCAUUUCCCUUGUUGAAGAAGCAUGUGUACAGACGUCGCUUGCCAACAGCUCACUGCUGUUGCUGGAGUGCAUUGUGUGCCAUGCACGUCCAGAAGCACUAAGUGCCAACCAGCACCUUGUGAAGCUGCUGAUCAACGCCCACUGCCAGGGUACCUGCCAGCGUGCGGCUCAAUGCUUAGCUGGCUAUGUGAACAAGCUGCCAAGUGCUGACCUAGAGGAGACCCUGGGCUGCCUGUGGCCAUGCCUUAAGCCUGAAUGGACGGCAGCUAAGACUGAACUGCUGCUCUGGGUGAUCAAAGCACUUCUAUUGAGAGGGUACCCAGACCUGGCUCCAUAUACAAAGUUGCUGAAAGAUCUUUUGAAAGAUGGAUUGCUGGGAAGACAUGUCGCCAAAGGCUUUCGACAAAUUCUGCAGCCAUCAGUCUUGACAACAGAAGGGCACUGCACAAUCAUGCUAAUGCAUCCGCAGCGGUUCUUUGUGGAAACUGUAGACUUCUUAAUCGAAGGUUUCAACAGUGCCACAGGUGAAGCUGUGAAGGAGAACUUCCUUAUGGGCCUUUGCUGCCAGCUUGCCUAUGUUCCUAAGCCCGUGGUGAAUACUUAUAUUGAUGAGAUCCUGCCAAUCUUGGUGACUGCCUUGAGCAGUGCAGAGGAAUCAAUAAUAGGAGAAUGUGUACUCCCAUGCCUUACUGAAAAUGUAGGCCUGAUGGUUUCCUGCCUCAACUCAGUCUUGGUACAGCUUCUACGGCUUGCAAAGCCCCCUUUUUCCAUGGAAGUCCGCCGGUCAGCUUUGGAAUGCUUGCUCCGGCUUUCCACCAUUGAGGAGAAUAAGUUGCUGCCCUAUCGACAGCAGGUGGUACAAGGCUUGACACAGUGUUUGGCCGACCACAAACGCGUUGUACGCCAAGUGGCAGCUCAAGCAUCAUCAAUGUGGCACAUGGUUGGAGAGCCAAAAGGUGUGUGACAUCUGGUGUUUCUGUGACAGCAACUUGCAUCAGAAGACACGAAGGCCACUGGAUUGCA